CGUUUGCUAGGCAGCUCGCAGCCGCCUUCGGUCCAGCUCUGGGUUUCCUUCGACCGCAAGCCGAUGCGUGCGGCACAGUUCGUAACCAAGCAUCCGAUUAAGGAGUAUUAUGUUGCCGAUGCCUCGGAGGACCAGGUGUUUGUGUGCGUCAGCCACGAUGACAACCGCACCAACCUCUACAUCUCGGAGGCGGAAGGCCUGAAGUUCUCCCUGUCUUUGGAAAACGUGCUUUACUACAGCCCGGGAGGAGCUGGAAGCGACACCUUGGUCAGGUAUUUUGCCAACGAGCCCUUUGCGGACUUCCAUCGCGUCGAAGGCGUGCGGGGCGUCUACAUCGCCACCUUGAUCAACGGCUCCUUCAGCGAGGAGAACAUGCGCUCCGUCAUCACCUUUGACAAGGGGGGCACCUGGGAGCUGCUGCAGCCCCCGGCACAGACGCGCUACGGGGAGCGGAUAGACUGCGAGUUCUCUCAGGGCUGCUCUCUCCACCUGGCCCAGCGCCUGAGCCAGCUGCUUAAUUUCCAGCUGCGCAGGAUGCCCAUUCUCUCCAAGGAGUCGGCGCCGGGAUUGAUCAUCGCCACCGGCUCCGUUGGCAAGAACAUGGCAAGGAAAACCAACGUCUAUGUCUCGAGCAGCGCCGGAGCAAGGUGGAGAGAGGCGCUGUCUGGACCCCACUAUUACACCUGGGGUGACCACGGCGGCAUUCUCGUGGCCAUCGCGCAGGGCACCGAGACCGACCAGCUCAAGUACAGCACAAAUGAGGGGGAAACCUGGAAAACGUUCACUUUCUCAGAGAAGCCGGUGUUUGUGUACGGCCUGCUUACCGAGCCCGGCGAAAAAAGCACCAUCUUCACCAUCUUCGGCUCCUACAAAGAGAACGGCCACAGCUGGCUGAUACUGCAGAUCAACACCACUGACGUGCUGGGGGUCCCUUGCACGGAGAACGACUACAAACUGUGGUCACCCUCCGACGAGCGAGGCAAUGAAUGCUUACUGGGCCAUAAAACCGUUUUCAAAAGGAGGACUCCUCAUGCGACCUGUUUCAACGGGGAAGAUUUUGACAGGCCUGUCAUGGUCUCCAACUGCUCUUGUACGAGGGAAGACUUUGAAUGUGAUUUUGGCUUUAAACUGAGCGAUGACUUAUCGCUAGAAGUUUGCGUCCCCGACCCCGAAUUCGCUGGGAAACCGUACGACCCGCCGGUCCCUUGCCCUGUUGGCUCGACUUACAAGAAGACUCGAGGCUACCGAAAGAUCUCUGGGGACACUUGUACCGGUGGAGACAUCGAGUCACGGCUCGAAGGGGAGCUGGUACCGUGCCCGCUAGCCGAGGAGAACGAGUUCAUUCUCUACGCCACCCGCUACUCCAUCCACCGCUACGACCUCGCCUCCGGCGUCAGCGAGGAGCUGCCCCUGGCCGGGCUGCGAGGGGCGGUCGCUCUGGACUUUGACUACGACCACAACUGCUUGUACUGGGCUGACGUGACUCUUGACAUUAUACAGCGUCUUUGUCUCAACGGCAGCUCUGGGCAGGAAAUAAUCGUGAGCACUGGGCUGGAAACAGUGGAAGCUUUGGCCUUUGAACCUCUCAGCCAGUUGCUGUACUGGGUCAACGCUGGGAUUCCCAAAAUUGAGGUUGCCAAUCCAGAUGGAGACCUGCGACUCACCGUCCUCAAUUCCUCGAUACUUGAACGUCCCAGAGCCCUCGCUCUGGUUCCCCGAGACGGGUUGAUGUUCUGGACGGACUGGGGAGACUCCAGAGCUGGCAUUUACAGAAGCGACAUGGACGGGUCGUCGGCCGGGUGCAUCGUUUCGGAGGGCGUGCGGUGGCCGAAUGGCAUUUCUGUGGAUGACCGCUGGAUCUACUGGACUGAAGCCUAUAUGGACAGGAUCGAGAGGGUCGAUUUCAACGGGCUGCAGAGAUCUGUGAUCCUUGACAGCCUCCCUCACCCCUACGCUAUUGCUGUAUUUAAGAAUGAAAUCUACUGGAACGACUGGUCACAGCUGAGUAUUUUCAGAGCGUCCAAAACCAGCGGUUCGAGAAUGGAGAUCUUAGUCGGCCGAUUAAAUGGGAUCAUGGAUAUGAAAAUCUUUUACAGAGGGAAGACAACAGGGGAGAACGCCUGCAUCGCCAAGCCCUGCAGCCUGCUCUGCCUGCCCAAGUCGAACAACGGCAAGAGCUGCAAGUGCCCCGACGGGGUGUCCAGCACCGUGCUGCCCACGGGGGAGGUGAAGUGCGACUGUCCUCGCGGCUACAUCAUGAAGAACACCACUUGCAUAAAGGAAGAAAACACGUGUCUGCCUAACCAGUACAGAUGCUUCAAUGGGAACUGCAUAAACAGCAUUUGGCGGUGUGACAACGAUAACGACUGUGGGGACAUGAGCGAUGAGAAGAACUGCCCCACCACCGUGUGUGACGCCGACACCCAGUUCCGCUGCCAGGGCUCGGGGACUUGCAUCCCACUGUCCUACAAAUGUGACCUGGAGGACGACUGCGGGGAUAACAGCGAUGAAAGUCACUGUGAGGCUCACCAGUGUCGAAACGAUGAAUUCAGCUGCAGCUCGGGGAUGUGCAUUCGUCUCUCCUGGAUGUGUGAUGGUGAUAACGACUGCAGGGACUGGUCCGAUGAAGUGAACUGCACCG